AAAGCCACUUAAAGUCGAAAAUUGCACCAAUAAAAGCAUCACAGCCUUUGUUAUGAAACAGUAACGAUCUGUCCCUGACAUUGUAAGGUCCAAGAUGGCGACUGCUAGUCCGUUCAUCAGGUCGCUUAGAAACUGGUUCGCAGGGGGGGCACGACAGUUGCAACUGAGAUAUGCUGAAGACGUGGCCACCAGAUCACCCCCUCCAGCCAAUCUACCAGAAGGCAUCAGCCAUAAGCUGUCAGAUAACUACUACCUAACCAGGGAUGGGCGUCGCCUGAUGACUCCACCCGAGGUGGUCUACGGACAGAGAAAACUCAUCGCAGAGGGAGAAAGCGCUGAAGAAGCCGCUCCACCGAAAGCGAAAAGACCGCCCAUUCCUGGGGAUGGACUUUCCUAUGAGUGGAAGGAGAUGCCGCCGCUGCAGUAAACAUAAACAUAAACAAAUACAUAUAGAUGCUGAUCAA